AAGAGUUGUUUAUCCAUUAUUUCUUAGAAUAUAUGCAAAUCUCCAUUAUGUAUUUUGAGAAAAUGUAUGUUCCACCUAAUUUUUCAGCUGUAAUAAAAAAAGGAAGAUGUCAUUUCUUACAUAAACUAGUCCAAUCUUCUUUUAAGUUUUUUUGUUCCAGCUGAAAAUCGUGAGCACCAAAUUUAAUAUCUUUCACUUCCAUUAUGUGGAUUUCUCAUCCCGACUACAAACCUGUGUCGACUUUUCAUCCCGACUACGAACCUUUGUCGAUAAUACACAGUUUAUAAACUAGCACAAGUGAAGGCUCAGUCUAUUUAUUUCAACAAAUAAAAUUGUUGCAACAUUUUCAAAAACAAGAUUGCAUUGAUAAUUAUAACAAGAGAACUUCAUAAUUAGGCAGACAAUCAUCAAGCUGUUUUUAUUGGACCUCAGUUUUCCUCUUAAUCGUCUCAAAUUCAGUUAACAAAGGAUCAAUUCCAGAUCUAGAAGAGAACAAAUUUGGUAAAGUGGUGCAAGGAUAACUGAAUUAAAGCAUGGGAUACCAGAUCUUAAACUUUUUAAAGCCCUCUAUGAAAGUGCUGGUGGUGAUAUUAUUGCUGAUAUUUCUGACAAAUAUCAGCCACUCUGUAGCGUACUCUUUUCCUUCAUCCGAGACUACGAUGCACACUAAUAAUUGGGCUGUUUUAGUCUGCACCUCUCGGUUUUGGUUUAAUUAUCGACAUAUGGCCAAUACUUUAUCAUUGUAUAGGACAGUUAAGCGACUAGGAAUACCUGAUGAGAGGAUUAUACUCAUGCUAGCAGAUGACAUGGCAUGCAAUGCAAGAAAUAAGUACCCUGCCCAAGUUUUUAAUAAUGAAAACCAUAGACUUAACUUGUACGGGGAUAAUGUCGAGGUAGAUUAUCGUGGCUAUGAAGUAAAUGUGGAAAACUUUAUGCGGGUACUAACAGGUCGUCAUGAGAUUGCUGUUCCGAGGUCCAAACGACUACUUAGUGAUGAAGGAAGUCAUAUUCUUUUAUACAUGACAGGGCAUGGAGGUGAUGAGUUUUUGAAGUUUCAGGACUCAGAAGAGCUUCAAAGUCACGAUUUAGCUGACGUUGUCAAGCAAAUGAAAGAGAAACUCAGGUUUAAGGAGCUACUGAUAAUGGUGGACACCUGCCAAGCCUCUACUCUGUUCUCACAGUUUCAUUCACCAGGCGUUUUGGCAAUUGGAAGUAGCAUGAAAGGACAGAACUCAUAUUCACAUCACUUGGACUCAGAUGUGGGUGUUUCAGUUGUUGAUCGUUUUACCUUCUACACUCUUGCCUUCUUUGAGAGGCUGAAUAUAUAUGACAAUGCUUCACUGAGCAGUCUUUUCAACUCAUAUAACCCAAAUUUGUUGAUGUCAACUGCAUAUUACCGAAUGGACCUGUAUCAACGACAGUUAGAGAAGGUACAUGUGACAAAUUUUUUUGGCUCUGUAAUGAAAACAAUACACACCGACUCAGCCUACAGGUCUCAGUCGAAUAAAAUUUUUGGCGGAGCUAAAGUUAAAAUCUCUUUGGAUCAAUCAACCUCAGACAAUGGCAGAAGAAUUUUGACAAAAUCUGAUGAUGAGGACCAAUUUAAUAAAUUAAGUAGAAAGGAACAUUAUUUCCUUGGUGUUGGACAACUGUGGAAUACUAUUCUCAACAAAUUGAAUACUUUUGAAAGCAUUGAUGCUUUUGUUUGCUAUGGCCUUGUAUCAAUGCUUCCUCUGUUGAUAGUUUCUACGUGGCUAUCAUCAUAGAUGACUACAGCAAUACUCUGCCACCGCCGUUAUGGUAACACAGAUCCUUGAUGGGUUUUUUGUUUUUUUUAUCGUUAGAUUUGAAGCUUUUGUAGGUAACUUAAUAUCAGUAGUUAGAUGUGUGAAUGCUGCUCAAGGUAAAUUUUAUUUGUAAUGUAUGCCGGACUCAUUGUCUUUUCUUGGAGUUUGUCAUUUUCUAACUAGUAUUUCACAUUGUGUAAAAAAAAAACUAGUAUUUCACAUACAUUAAGAGAAGCUUUGAUAUUUUUA